CUAGUCCCGGCGCGACCCCGCGGCCCCUCCCCGCGGCGGCCAUGGCCAAGGAGCGGCGGCGGCCGGUGCUGGAGCUGCUGCAGCGGCCCGGGAACGAGCGCUGUGCCGACUGCGGCGCGCCGGACCCUGACUGGGCCUCUCAUACCCUCGGAGUGUUCAUCUGCCUGAGCUGCUCCGGAAUCCACCGGAACAUCCCCCAGGUCAGCAAGGUGAAGUCGGUCCGCCUGGAUGCCUGGGAUGAGGCUCAAGUGGAGUUCAUGGCCUCCCAUGGGAACGAUGCUGCCAGAGCCACCUACGAGGCCAGGGUGCCCUCCUUCUACUACCGGCCCUCCUUCUCCGACUGCCAACUCCUUCGAGAGCAGUGGAUCCGAGCCAAGUACGAAAGGAAGGAGUUUGUCCACCCUGAGAAGCAGGAGCCCUACUCAGCAGGGUACCGAGAAGGGUUCCUCUGGAAGCGAGGCCGAGACAAUGGGCAGUUCUUAAGCCGGAAGUUUGUGCUGACGGAACGCGAAGGGGCUCUGAAGUACUUCAACAAGAAUGAUGCCAAGGAGCCCAAAGCCAUCAUGAAGAUUGAGCACCUCAAUGCCACCUUCCAGCCGGUCAAGAUUGGCCACCCCCACGGCCUGCAGGUCACCUACCUGAAGGACAACAGCACUCGAAACAUCUUUGUCUACCACGAGGAUGGGAAGGAGAUCGUGGACUGGUUCAACGCACUGAGGGCUGCCCGCUUCCACUACCUGCAGGUGGCCUUCCCAGGGGCCAGCGAUGCUGACCUGGUGCCCAAGCUGUCCCGAAACUACUUGAAGGAGGGCUACAUGGAGAAGACAGGGCCCAAGCAAACGGAAGGGUUCCGGAAGCGCUGGUUUACCAUGGAUGACCGCAGACUCAUGUACUUCAAGGACCCCCUGGAUGCCUUUGCCCGCGGUGAGGUCUUCAUCGGCAGCAAGGAGGGCGGCUACUCGGUGCUGGAGGGGCUCCCGCCAUCCACCCAGGGCCACCACUGGGCCCAUGGUGUCACCAUUGUCACCCCCGAUCGAAAGUUCUUGUUCGCCUGUGAGACAGAGGCCGACCGCCGGGAGUGGGUGGCUGCCUUCAGGAGUGUUGUGGACCGGCCCAUGCUGCCCCAGGAGUAUGCAGUGGAGGCCCACUUCAAGCAUAAACCUUAGAGGACAGCAGGAGCAAGGACACUGGAGUCGCUGUGCCAUGGACUUGGACACGGCUGGACCGGGCAGUCUGCACUGGGGGAUUCCCAGGGGCCCGGUGGUCUGGCCUGGCCCUGCUGUAGGGGGAGCAGCUCCAGAGUGGCCAGGUGGGCCUGGGACCCCUGCCUCUUGGCCUGAACCUUGGCCCUAGAACUCAUUCUCUGAGGCCUCAAUGUGGGCCCCUUGGCUCUGGUCUCACCCUGCCCAGCCAUGCUGCUACGGCCGGACCCUCCCCGCCCCACCCCGUCCAGAUGUGCCCCCAGCCUGCUGUCCUUCUCCUGAGGCCCGCCUGCUCCCCGCCCCCCAGCCCCUCACUCACUCCCUACCCACCCGGCAGUCCUGUAGAGGGAGUGUGCAGAGUUUCCUGGCUCCUGGGCAGGGCACUGCCAGGCCUGUGAGGCCGCUUGCUGGGGACAGUGGGCAGGCCUGGCCGCACGUGGGAACUCAAGCUGCUCACGCGCCUGCACUCCUCACCUGGUCCACCCCAUGCCACCGCCAGCUGUCCCCCAGUCCCUCUGGCCCUUCUGUAACAAGUAUUUAUUGGGCAACCGUGUGGUCAGUCACUGUGGGGAGAGGGGGACAAAUCAGACAGUCCUUGUCCCCAGGAGUUGGCACAGCUGGGGCAGUGUUGCAGGGCAGUUGGGGAAGCCCCACUGACAAGCCCCUGCAAUGGCCCUGGAGACCUGACUGGGUUGGGGGGCAUGCAGAGGGACUCGAGUGUCUGCCCAGGCCUGGUUGCCGGAGGCCUGCACGGCCGCCCCCAUGGUGCUCCCGCUGACCGCUGACCCUGGCUCGGGCUGUGACCCUGCUGAUCUGAACCCUGGGGGAUGCGGCCUCUGCCCUGGGCCCCCAGCUUGCUGCUGGCCGGCCAGUAGCUGCAGCACCCCUGUAUUUAUUUCUCACCCUGACCCUUCCUGUGAGUGUCCAGGCGUCCAGGUGGGGCCCCAGAGCCCACCCUGUCUGGACCACAUGCAGAGUGGAUUGGUCUCCUCAGCGGGGGCAUGUGGCCCACUGGUGACCUCGUGGGCCCCUGUGCCCCUCCCAGCCCUGCCUGGCCAAGACGUAGCCCUGGCCCACUGCCCACGGUGCCUGGCAGCCGAGGGGACGGGUUGGGGCUCCCGGCUGGGGUUUGUGGUCACCGUGUCACACCGGAAUAAAGUUGUGGCUCCGGA